GUAAAAUUAUGCCUUCUAACUGACUAUCUGGACUUACGAUUGCACAGCAAGUGUUGCUUUCUCUAGUGCCUUUUGCAGUUGUGAGGGGUGCCUCCAUCUCAUGAUGUCUAAUGAAGUAGAAACAGCUAAUGUUGGCACCCAGCCUGACCAACAGGCAGUGCCUAAAGCACAGCCUUCAAAGAAGGAAAAAAAGAAAGGGUCAGAAAAAACUGAUGAAUUUCUCUUGGCCCGAUUCAAAGGAGAUGGUGUAAGAUAUAAAGCCAAGCUUAUUGGUAUUGAUGAUGUCUCAGAAGCAAGAGGAGACAAAAUGAGCCAGGAUUCAAUGAUGAAGCUAAAGGGAAUGGCAGUAGCAGCACGUUCCCAGGGACAACACAAACAGAGGAUCUGGGUGAAUAUCUCCCUCUCUGGUCUCAAGAUAAUUGAUGAGAAAACUGGGGUGAUAGAACAUGAGCAUCCAGUCAACAAAAUCUCUUUUAUUGCUCGGGAUGUGACUGACAAUCGUGCAUUUGGUUAUAUUUGUGGAGGAGAAGGCCAGCACCAAUUCUUUGCCAUAAAAACAGCACAACAGGCUGAACCUCUAGUUGUGGAUCUUAAGGACCUUUUCCAACUAAUUUAUAACAUGAAGAAAAAAGAAGAGGAGGAUAAGAAAAAGAAUGGAGAUACCUCACCUACUGAUCAAGCUGAUAAGAAACUGGGUGUUGACCAGAUGGACUUGUUUGGUGAUAUGUCUACACCUCCUGAUGUGACCAGUCCCACAGAAACUAAAGAGAUCCUGUUAGUAGAUCUUGAAUCUGAAAUUGAGAGCAGUAAAACUUGUAUAAAAGAGGAGGAUCUCUUCUUGAAUGGCAUCGCAUCUCUUCCACGACCAAAGCCACAGCCAUCUUUCUUGCCUGAAAGCUCUCUUUCUACCAAUCUCAGCUUCUUUCCUACACCUACUCCAGAUCCUUUCCGUGAUGAUCCAUUUGCACAAACAGACAAAUCUGUACAGCCUGCAUUUGAUUCUUCUCUAAAGCCUGCAGAUCAGAAGAAGGAAAGUCUGAGUGGCUUGACUGUUCCAGUGGGGAAUGGUGAUAUUGACUAUUUUGGUAAACAGUUUGACCAGAUUUCUAAUAGACCUGGCAAACAGGAAAUGCAGACAAGCCAGUGGCCUUUUGAGAGUAAGCAGCCUGCAGCAAGAACACCAAAUGGGGUACCAGAGAGAGAACAGAAUGGCUUUCUUGCCAAAUCUCCAGUAACUCUGUUGGCAGAAAGCCAUGUCAAGGGAGUAUCCCUUCACAAUGGAGUAAAGCUGGACUCUGAAAGCAACAUCCAGCUUAUGUCGCAUGACUCAAUAACAAUAAGCCCACCUCCACAAAGUACCAAGCCAGGAAGAGGGAGGAGGCCUGCCAAGACUGCAGCAAGUGACUUGUUUGGCUCAGAUCUCUUUGCCCCUACUGCUACAGAGAGCCUAGGCUUGACCUCUGCAGCAGCACAACCUGCCCCUGUGCAAACCAGCCCACUGGACCUCUUCAAAGCUAGUCCUACCACAGCACCUCCCAUGAUUUUCUUAGGUACCUUGCCAGUAACUUCAGUAUCACCAUGGAGUACUCAGUCAUCUGUCUUCAGUCAGGCUGCAUCAGUAUUUCCUGCAUCAGUAAUGGGUGCCCAGCCUACAGGCUUUGCCCAGCCACUCACCUUUGGUACUCAGCCUGCAUCCUUUCCAGCCCCAGCACCUGCUCAGUCAGCUGGUCUCUGGGGUCAGCCAGCACGUGUCUCUCCUACUGCUUGGGCACAGCCAUCCACCAUUACCAAUCCUUUCCAGAGCACCAUAUUCCCUCCUACCACACUAUCUGCUCAGUCAUCUAUCCCAGCUACUAGCCCUCCACAGCCACCACCUAGAACUGCACCUCAGAAGGAAGUUUCCAAGAAGGAAAGCGAUGCAUUCACUGCAUUGGACCCUCUUGGAGAUAAAGAAAUGAAGGAUGUAAAAGAAAUGUUCAAAGACUUCCAGCUGUCAAAACCACCUGCAGUACCAGCAAGGAGGGGAGAACAGCAAAGUUUACCAGAACCGCCAAAACCUGCUCCUGGACAAAGCACUCUGCCAGAUAAUGGCCUGUUUGACCGCCCAUUUAAAACUGAUCCUUUCAGUGCCCCUUCAAAACCCUCUACGGCACCUGACCAACCAUCAACUUCUGAUCCAUUUGGUGAUCCUUUUGGAAAUCCAUUUGCAUAAAUUUGAAACCCAGGCAUAACCAACAAAGGACAAACAAAUUGGAUACCCUGACACUACUGUCUACUUGUUUCAUUUUUUUUUUUUUGCAUUGGCUGCCUAAAUCAACUGAUGUUCAUCCAGUGUUGCAUCUUUCUACUCGGC